AUGGUGCCCGGCGAGGAGAACCAACUGGUCCCGAAAGAGGAUGUGUUUUGGAGAUGCAGACAAAAUAUCUUUGAUGAAAUGAAGAAGAAAUUUUUACAGAUAGAAAAUGCUGCUGAAGAACCUAGAGUCUUAUGUAUAAUACAAGAUAUUACUAAUUCAAAGACAGUGAAUGAACGGAUCACUUUAAAUUUACCAGCUUCUACUCCACUCAGAAAGCUCUUUGAAGAUGUAGCCAACAAAGUAGGCUACAUAAAUGGAACCUUUGAUUUGGUGUGGGGAAAUGGAAUCAAUACUGCUGAUAUGGCUCCACUAGAUCAUACCAGUGACAAGUCUCUUCUUGAUGCUAAUUUUGAACCAGGAAAGAAGAAUUUUCUACAUUUGACAGAUAAAGAUGGUGAACAGCCUCAAAUAAUGCUGGAGGAUUCCAGUGCUGGUGAUGACAGUGCGCAUGACAGAUUUAUAGGUCCACUUCCAAGAGAAGGUUCUGUGGGCUCAACCAGUGAUUAUGUCAGCCAAAGCUACUCCUAUUCAUCCAUUUUGAAUAAAUCAGAAACUGGUUAUGUGGGAUUAGUAAACCAGGCAAUGACUUGCUAUUUGAAUAGCCUUUUGCAAACACUUUUUAUGACUCCUGAAUUUAGGAAUGCCUUAUAUAAGUGGGAGUUUGAAGAAUCUGAAGAAGAUCCAGUGACCAGUAUUCCAUAUCAACUACAAAGGCUUUUUGUUUUGUUACAAACCAGCAAAAAGAGAGCAAUUGAAACCACAGAUGUUACAAGGAGCUUUGGAUGGGAUAGUAGUGAGGCUUGGCAGCAGCAUGAUGUACAAGAACUGUGCAGAGUCAUGUUUGAUGCUUUGGAACAGAAAUGGAAACAAACAGAACAGGCUGAUCUUAUAAACGAACUAUAUCAAGGCAAGCUGAAGGACUACGUGAGAUGUCUGGAAUGUGGUUAUGAGGGCUGGAGAAUCGACACAUAUCUUGAUAUUCCAUUGGUCAUCCGACCUUAUGGGUCCAGCCAAGCAUUUGCUAGUGUGGAAGAAGCAUUGCAUGCAUUUAUUCAGCCAGAGAUCCUGGAUGGCCCAAAUCAAUAUUUUUGUGAACGUUGUAAGAAGAAGUGUGAUGCACGAAAGGGUCUUCGGUUUUUGCAUUUCCCUUAUCUGCUGACCUUACAAUUGAAAAGAUUUGAUUUUGAUUAUACAACCAUGCACAGGAUUAAAUUGAAUGAUCGGAUGACAUUUCCUGAAGAGCUGGAUAUGAGUACAUUUAUUGAUGUUGAAGAUGAGAAAUCUCCUCAGACUGAAAGUUGCACUGACAGUGGAGCAGAAAACGAAGGCAGUUGUCACAGUGAUCAAAUGAGCAAUGAUUUCUCCAAUGAUGAUGGUGUUGAUGAAGGGAUCUGCCUUGAAAGCAAUAGUGGAACUGAAAAGAUUUCAAAACCUGGUCUUGAAAAGAAUUCCUUGAUCUAUGAGCUCUUCUCUGUUAUGGUUCAUUCAGGGAGUGCUGCUGGUGGUCACUAUUAUGCUUGUAUAAAGUCAUUCAGUGAUGAUCAGUGGUACAGCUUCAAUGAUCAACAUGUUAGCAGGAUAACACAAGAGGACAUUAAGAAAACACAUGGUGGAUCUUCAGGAAGCAGAGGGUAUUAUUCCAGUGCUUUUGCAAGCUCCACAAAUGCAUAUAUGCUGAUAUAUAGACUGAAGGAUCCAACAAGAAAUGCAAAAUUUCUAGAAGUAGAUGAAUAUCCAGAACAUAUUAAAAAUUUGGUGCAGAGGGAGAGAGAUUUGGAAGAACAAGAAAAGAGGCAACGAGAAAUCGAGCGUAACACAUGCAAGAUAAAACUAUUCUGUUUGCAUCCUGUGAAACAAGUCAUGAUGGAAAAUAAAUUGGAGGUUCAUAAGGAUAAGACAUUAAUGGAAGCAGUAGAAAUAGCUUACAAGAUGAUGGAUUUGGAAGAGGUAAUACCUGUGGAUUGUUGUCGCCUUGUUAAAUAUGAUGAGUUUCAUGAUUAUCUUGAAAGAUCAUAUGAAGGAGAAGAAGAUACACCAAUGGGACUUCUACUAGGUGGAGUUAAGUCAACAUAUAUGUUUGAUCUGCUCUUGGAGACAAGAAAACCUGAUCAAGUUUUUCAAUCUUAUAAACCUGGGGAAGUGAUGGUGAAAGUUCAUGUUGUUGAUCUAAAGGCAGAAUCUGUAGCUGCACCUAUCACUGUUCGUGCUUACUUAAGUCAAACAGUUACAGAGUUCAAACAACUUAUUUCAAAGGCUAUCCAUUUACCUGCUGAGACAAUGAGAAUAGUGCUGGAACGCUGCUACAAUGAUUUGCGUCUUCUCACUGUGCCUAGUAAAACCCUGAAGGCCGAAGGCUUUUUUAGAAGUAACAAGGUGUUUGUUGAAAGUUCUGAAACUUUGGAUUACCAGAUGGCCUUUACCGACUCUCAUUUGUGGAAACUCCUGGAUCGGCAUGCAAAUACAAUCAGAUUAUUUGUUUUGCUACCUGAGCAAUCUCCAGGAUCUUAUUCCAAAAGGACAGCAUACCAGAAAGCCGGAGGUGAUUCUGGUAAUGUGGAUGAUGAUUGUGAAAGAGUCAAAGGACCUGUGGGAAACCUAAAGUCUGUGGAAGCUAUUCUAGAAGAAAGCACUGAGAAACUCAAGAGCUUGUCACUGCAGCAGCAGCAAGAUGGAGAUAAUGGGGACAGCAGCAAAAGUACUGAGACGAGUGACUUUGAAAAUAUCGAAUCACCUCUCAAUGAGAGAGACUCUUCUACAUCAGUGGAUAAUAGAGAACUUGAACAGCAUCUUCAGACGUCUGAUCCUGAAAAUUUUCAGUCUGAAGAACGAUCAGACUCAGAUGUGAAUAAUGACCGGAGUACAAGUUCAGUCGACAGUGAUAUUCUUAGCUCUAGUCAUAGCAGUGACACUUUGUGCAAUGCAGAUAAUGCUCAAAUCCCUUUGGCUAAUGGACUUGACACUCAUAGCAUCACAAGUAGUAGAAGAACUAAAGCAAAUGAAGGAAAAAAAGAGACAUGGGAUACAGCAGAAGAAGACUCUGGAACUGAUAGUGAAUAUGAUGAAAGUGGAAAGAGUAGGGGAGAAAUACAGUACAUGUAUUUCAAAGCGGAACCGUAUGCUGCAGAUGAAGGUUCUGGGGAAGGACAUAAAUGGUUGAUGGUGCAUGUUGAUAAAAGAAUUACCCUGGCUGCUUUCAAACAACAUUUAGAGCCCUUUGUUGGAGUUUUGUCCUCUCACUUCAAGGUCUUUCGAGUAUAUGCCAGCAAUCAAGAGUUUGAGAGUGUUCGACUGAAUGAGACACUUUCAUCAUUUUCAGAUGACAAUAAGAUUACAAUUAGACUGGGGAGAGCACUUAAAAAAGGAGAAUACAGAGUUAAAGUGUACCAGCUCCUGGUCAAUGAACAAGAGCCAUGCAAGUUUCUGCUAGAUGCUGUGUUUGCUAAAGGAAUGACUGUACGGCAAUCAAAAGAGGAGUUAAUUCCUCAACUCAGGGAGCAAUGUGGUUUAGAGCUCAGUAUUGACAGGUUUCGUCUAAGGAAGAAAACAUGGAAGAAUCCUGGCACUGUCUUUUUGGAUUAUCAUAUAUAUGAAGAAGAUAUUAAUAUUUCCAGCAACUGGGAGGUUUUCCUUGAAGUUCUAGAUGGGGUGGAGAGGAUGAAAUCCAUGUCACAGCUUGCAGUUUUGUCAAGACGGUGGAGGCCCUCUGAGAUGAAGUUGGAUCCCUUCCACGAGGUUGUGUUGGAAAGCAGUAGCGUUGAUGAGUUGCGAGAGAAGCUUUGUGAAAUCAGUGGAAUUCCUUUGGACGAUAUUGAAUUUGCCAAGGGUAGAGGAACUUUUCCCUGCGAUAUUUCUGUCCUUGAUAUUCAUCAGGAUUUGGAUUGGAAUCCUAAAGUUUCUACCCUGAAUGUCUGGCCUCUUUAUAUCUGCGAUGAUGGUGCAGUCAUAUUUUAUAGGGAUAAAACAGAAGAAUUAAUGGAGUUGACAGAUGAGCAAAGAAAUGAACUGAUGAAAAAAGAAAGCAGUCGACUCCAGAAGACGGGACAUCGAGUAACAUACUCACCUCGGAAAGAGAAAGCAUUAAAAAUAUAUCUGGAUGGAGCACCAAAUAAAGAUCUGACUCAAGACUGA